AUGUAUGUGUUACUCAACUUGAAAGACGACAAAAUGCUGCAGAACGUCGUCCAACUGCUGUUCUCGCACGGUCACCGCCAGCUCUCGAUCGGCGAGACCAUCGAGAACCUGUGUCCGACGUGCGAGAAGACGUCGUCGUGUCUGACCGCCUCGGCAGUGACGUCUUCGACGACGACGUCUUCCACGUCGCCCUCCACACCCACCUCUUCGUCAAUGUCGAUGAUGGUGGUGUCUCCGAAGGCGACGACGUCUUCUGGAUUGAUGCAGUCGCCGAGACGCGAGUUUGUGUGCUCGACGCCUAUUAAGAACGGCAAUUGUGAUAGUAAGUCGCAACUGAAGCGCCCGUUCGUUCCGAUUUCGCCGAUCCUCCCGCAUCGAAUCCAACCGGAAGCGACGACGCCCAAAUACGAAGAGAUCGCCGUGAAAGAAGAGCCGCCGUCCGACGAGCCGGCCGACGAUCCGGACAUGUCGGGCGACGUCGAAGAGGAUCUGGAGGAUCUCACGCUCUCGCAGGCACUCGAACUCUUCGACAGGGUAAGGACGCGUCUUGAAGGCGUGCUCACAGCUCAAAAAGUGUAGACCAACUUUCAGGAACCGCGCAACAAGAAGGCCAAACAGGAAUUGGAGCCGUUCGGCGAGCUCUACCAGUGCCAGCUGUGCAAAAAGAGCAUUUCGAGGCACGGACAGUAUGCGAACCUGCUGAAUCAUUUGUCGAGACACGCGCGGUUGCACGCCUCCAAGAAACAGUAUUGGUUGGUCUUUGAUAAGCUCGAAAGAACAUUGAGAGAAGGUAAUUUUUAGUUGUCCGAAAUGUGGAGCGAGCUUUACGAGACGGUACUUGGCAUCGACGCACAUCAAGGAAACGCAUGGAGAGGCGAAACUGCAGCCGCAUGAUUUUGCGUGAGUCUCGGUAAACAUUUUAAAAACCAAUCGAAAGAUGAGUUUAUACUCUACAACUUUCCCGUUGACUGUCUUCUACCAUAUCGUCUGAGAAGCAAAAUAUUUCAAUUUUAGCAAAGAGCUUUGAAAAAUGCGAAUAUCUCGGCGCAUCAAAAAUUUCAUAAAACAUUGUCAACUGGAAAGUUGUAGAGCGGAAAAUUAUCUAUCAAACUGUUUUUUAACAUUGUUGAAAACUCAAAAACCAGCCGAGUUAUGAUCGAUCAAAGUUGAGCCCAGCAAAAAAAACGCGAUUUCAGCGCGGAACUUCGCGAAGAAUACCGUCGUCUUCUGGAGAUGUGCUUCCCGGGCGCCGACAGCCGUCGGAAGCAGCAACAGGCGCAGACGCAGGCCACCAAAGACAACAUCCUCAGCAUUUUGUCGGAUGAUAGCGGAGUUUCGGUGAACGACGCCUCCGACCUGAACAUCUCGGUCGGCAACGAAAAAGUCGAGGUGCACGUGGGCGCCGGCGACGAGGAUUCCUCCUGA